AUGGCAGAGGACCAGGGAACACGACACCACAAGAGCUACCAUUUCAACGGACACCAAAUGAAAUGUAUAAGGUGUAAAUAUUAUAAAAGUGACGUGAAUGUUUACAAACUGUGUGAAUUUGGUUCCGCGCGGGAAACCACGAGCUACUUUGCUGCACUUUUUAAAAACUUUCCUGUCGAGAUGAGAAAUCUUACGUGUGGUUUCUUAAUUACACAGAGUACUGUCAGGCGGCGUGGACAGCGACUCGCCGCCCCCGCUGCCGUCGUCCCGCCCACCCCCGCCCCCGUCGCACCCCCCGCCGCCCGUGCCCCCCCACGGCCCGGCCCUGCAGUCCAUGUCGCAGCACCCGCAGCCGCCCCUGCCGCCCGUGCCCCGGCCAGGAGGAGCAACGCCCCCCGCAGGCGCCGGGCACGUGCACGCUUCCCCGCGCGGCUUCGCGAGAGAGGAGCCCGGCGCCCGCUUCCGCUCGCCCUCCAACCCCCCCCGCCUCCAGGCAGCCCUACCAGCCCCCCGCCCAGCACCAGCCCCCGCCCUACGCCCGCCACCAGCCCCCGACCCCGCCUCCAGCAGGAGGGCGAGUCGGGGGCCCUACCAGCCGCCGCCGCCGCCCAAGAUGGACGCGCGGGAGCCCCGGGAGGGGCGCGAGCGGGAGCUGAGGGACCCCAGAGACCCCAGGGACGCCAGGGACCCCAGGGACGCCGGCGACCUCCAGUGGGACGCGAGAGACUUCCGCGGCCAGCAGGACGCCCGCGACCACGCGCAGGACGGACGCAAUUUCCGAGAUAUCCGCGAGUCGUGGGAACGAAGGAACGCGACGGACUUCCCCCCGCGACGAGAGGGCGGCCGAGGACGCCAAGACCGCGUCCCUCCCGCGGGGGUCCUACGAGGCAUGGCACUGGCCCUCCAGGGAGCUCGACUCGGGCUUCGACUCGCUCACGCCCCCAGGCGCCGGCGACGGCGGGGGGCCGCGCUCCCUGGACUCCCUCGGGUGUCGCGCCGGCCGCGGGGCGUGCCCUCUCCCCGCCGACGAGGCCACGUACUCCCAGUCCACCGAGGACCUGCUCAACGCCUCACGGACGUCGCCGGUGUCCAUGGCCUCCGCCGCCACCUCCACCUCGUCCUCGGCGUCCUCCUCCCCGUGCAGUACCCGACCAUCCGGCCGGCGAGGCAGCCCUGCGUCGCCGGCCGCCGGCGCGCCCACGGCUCGCCGCACGCCUCCCCCGGGGGGGCCUCGCCGCUCAGCCUCGGGGGGCCGCAGCACCACUCCACGCCCCUCGGACCCCGAGGGCGGCGUCCCCCGAGGAGGCCCUCCUCUCCGACAGCGUGUACCCGGACGCGCAGCCGCGCUACGCCGAGAUCCCCGACGCCCGCGCCAAGGACGACCGCGGCGGCAACAGACUGUCACGUGACCUGCGAGAGCUGAGGGAGCCGAGGGACGCCCGGGAGUCGCGGAAGGACCUGAGGGAGUCGCAGGAAGCGAGAACUUCGAGGGACAACGUGAGGCUGCGGGGCUUCAGAGAAACGAGCCUCCCCAGGGACUUCAGGGACUCCCGCGACCCAAGGGGGAGCUACCUGGAGGUGCGGGACGACAGGGGGUUCCGCGAGCUCUCCGUCGACGACACAGACGACCUCGAGGACGACCUGGACCCCCGCCUGCAGGAGAGGCUCCGCGGCCGCAGGGACUCCCGCCAGUACGCGAGCGAGCGCGGCGUCGACCCGGCCAAGGAGGCGAGGCUCAGCCGCGGCGACGCCCUCCGCGUCAGGGACACGCCCGCCGCCUCCGCCUACGAGCGCAGGGACAGGAACGCUGACGGCGCCGACGGCCUCCAGGUGGCGGACGAGCACCGGGGGCAGAGGCCUCCCUCCGCCCGAGCGCAGCCGGAGAGGAGGGGGGACGGGUGCCCCUCCACCUCCUCCUCGGUGUCGUGGAUGGAGUGGACGCAGCAGCUGCAGGCCUACGUGGCUUGGGUCAACUCUCAGCUGCGGAAGCGAGGUCGGCCGCUUAUCUCCGACCUGCGACGUGACCUGCAGAGCGGAGUUGUGUUUGCGGACCUUAUCGAAAUCAUUUCCGGCGAGCACGUAGCGGGGGUGACCAGGGCCGUGGACUCCCCCCAGGUCAUGCGCGAGAACUUGGACCGCGUUCUGCAGUUCAUGGCCGCCAAAAGGAUUCGCAUGACGCACAUCACCAGUAAGGAGGUUGUGGAAGGCAAUCUGAAAAGCGUCAUGCGCAUAAUUCUCGCUCUGGCUGCGCACUACAAGCCCCAGAGCGUCAAGGGAAACAACAACAACAGCAACAACAGCUCUUCGACGUCUCCUCAGCAUCAACAUGAGUCUUCUCCGCUGUCUUCUUCCUCCGCCGUCGUCGCCGGACAAGCCACGACGUCCUCCGGUCCGUCAGGAAGGUCCUCAGGAGGCGCGCCGCCCCCCACCACGCAUGACGUGGGCGUGGGCCCGGACGCCCCUCCAUCCUCCACAGCGCCCGAGAAGACGCCCAACCUCAGUGCCAACAGGCGCAUGAUGGCUGCGGGAGCCUCGGCCGAGGACGCGGGCGGCGUCGUCGGGCUGCGCCGGCAUCCGAGCAUGACAGGGACGCCCGCAGCCGCCCGUGACUCAUCGCCCGUGUACGAGAACCUCCCGCGGAGGGUUGCGUCGAACAGGUGGGCGUACGACUCGCUGCGCGCCUCGCACAAGUUCCAGUGGGGCGGUGGGUCGUCGUCGCACGCCCGCAGAGGCCCUGGCGGCGCCCCCGUCGUGCCGCCCAAGCCCAGCCCGAGCCUGGACGAGUCGUCGGACGACCCGCUCAACUCGUCGUUCAACGCGUCGCUCAACACGUCGCUCAACACGUCGAUGGAGGGCGACGCGGAGGCCUCGUCCCCGCGCCGCGACUCCUCCGGCUCCCGAGGCGGCGGCGGCGGCGGCGGCACGCGGCCCGCGGCGCUCAACUUCUGGCAGGACCUCACCAGGAAGGACGCCAGUUUCCAGCCGCCGCAGGAGCCCCUCACCGCGCCCGUGGCCCCGCAGAAGCAGGCUCCGGCCACCGACGACAGCGACAACCCCUUCAGGUACCACACCAUCCACCGCAUGAGCGGCCGCAGGAAACUGCCGCAGAUCCCCGGCGCCGCAGCGGGUCCCAGCAGCAACAGCAGCCGCGUGACCACCCCGCAGGAGACCCAGGACAGCCCGCGAGACUACUUGGGCGACGAGAGAGGAGGCGGGAUGACGACGACGGCGACGACGACUACUGACGAAGGCUCGCGAGAACCCGAAGGACGAAGCCAGAACUCGUCGCCGGCCACGAGUCUCGUCCGCGAGGCCACGCUGGACCAGUGGCCGCGGGAGAAGGGCUCGCUCGACCCCUGGGAGCAGGAGGACCUCAAGGGCGUCCUCAGGGACCUCAACACCACGCGCGACCAACUCCUGGCGCUGCAGAACCUGGAGUUGGAUCCUUCGUCGAGGAGCAGCCACGGCCCAAGGAGUGCGGAGAAUAAGGAUGGAGGUUCAGCGGCCGUCAAGCAGGAGCUCCUGCACCUGUCGCUCGCUCGCCAGGCCCUCGAGGCGGAGAAGGGAGAAUUGUCGAGACUUUUGGAGCAGCGAGAAGGCAUCAUCACCGAACUGAGGAAGCAGAUGCACCAGAGAGACAAGACCAUACAGGCUCAGCGGGCACAGUUCGAGGAGGCUCUGAGGAACAGCCAGCAGAAUGGAAAACGAGACAGCUCAGCCGCGCGCAUGGCCAUGUCGGGCGGAGCGCGGGAGGAACUGCAGCUGGUGAGGGACGCCAUUUCGUCUCUCAGGAGUAAUUUCAGAGAGACGGACCCCAACCAGCACACGCUCGACACCCUGGAACAAGCCAUAGCGGUGUUGAUCGAGCGAGCGGGCGGCGGCGUCAACGGAGGCGUGAAUGGCGUCGCGGACAAGUCUUCGAGGCCGAGUCACGACAAACGGCCGGUCAAUGAUCUUCAACGACGACGACAUCCUGCCUGGAGUGGAUGGGAAGAUCAUAGCCUGGGUGGAGGAGGACACCGAGUGAGGGCGAGGUACACUUUCCUGUAUGAAGAAGGACUCACGGAUUUGUAAAGUUGGGAAGAGCGUGGUACACUUUGUCACCCCCCCCCCCUCCCCUCGCUCGCUGGCUCUUCGAAUUGGGUUUCGCGCCAUGGAUUCUCUUUGUUAAAUGCUAUGAUGUUUUUGACUGUGCGUCAGAAGGAAUCUUUUUAUUGUUAUUUAUUUGGUUGGUUGAAGGUUCGGUGUCCUUAGAGGACGUCCUUCCCUGGCCGUCGCCGGGACUCGAACCCGCGCGUUUCGAGGCCGACGCCACUGUUGCCAUCACGGCGGCCGAGAGUUUUCCGCUUAACUGAUUUAUUUAUUAUUAUUUUACCGCCACAUUCCCGCUCGCUCGUCAAAAAUAUAACAAUCUCCGGCUCACUUUUUCGAGGGUGUUGAAAGAUUUAUUUUUUAAUUUCAUUUUAUCCUGCUCAGAUUUGUACAUUUUUUCGUUGAAUUCUCGCUGCAAAAGAAAGCUCACUGAUUUUAAGAUAAGGUGUUUAUUUCAUUCAUCAGUGUAAGCUACGAGGUGUACUUACGAGGAUAAAAUCGCAUUUGUAAAGAAAGGUAAUUGUAAAACUACAUGUUUUAUGAGGAAAAUAUUGCCGAUAGAUAUUUUCUUCAUAUUAUUUGACAGAGGAAAUUGUGCUUGACAGCCGAGACUUAGAAAUGAGUAAACUGACUAAGGUCAUUGACUUCAAGAUUUGGAAAUGCGUUGACUGACAGCUACUUGGUUGUCGACUUGUAUGUUCUCAAACGAAGGAGUCUCAUCAAUUUGGAAACUAGUUAAUGUUUCACUUAUGAAGAAAUUCUUACAUGAAGAACAUACUUGACGUAAAUUCUAUAAUUCUGUUAUCAUAGAAAUUCGCAAUAUGAUUAAAUUUUCCAUUCUGUGAAACUAUCUAUUUAAGGAAACCAAGCUUAAGUUAACAUUUUGGAGGAGAAACAUUUUAUUGUUUUUUGCAAAUAAGUAAAUGUUUGCAAAUAAAUGAAUCAAAUGUUUGUAUAUAAGUAAAGAAUAUUUGCAAAUAAUUAAAGAAUGUUUGCAAAUGAGUAAAGAAUGGUAUCAAGACAAGUACCUGGAGUCUUUUAAAAACAAAAGCGAAAAAGAGAAACGCACAAGUGAAGCUCCUUUUGCUAAAAAAAAAAAAAAAAAAAAAAUAAAUAAAAAUACCCGUUUCUGUGUUAACUGAGAGAUCGUGUGUAUAUAUUUCAAUUGGGCGAUUUCACAAAUUUGUUAAUCAAUAUAUUUGUCGUUUAAAAAGACAUCUGUGUAUACACCUUAAGCUUUUAUUUAUAGUUUUUUUUUCUUAAGGAUAUUGACUUUUAUCCUUUGUUAACUGCAUUUGUAUAUGCAAGACAAUGUAUUACUUACAAAUAAGGAUAUGUUGUUAUGUGUUGAGUGCAAUAAAUUGUACAAGUUGAUAAUUUUAGAUAUAUUAUUGAUAGUUUGAUUAGGUUUUGUCAGCCACAUUUGAAUGAAUAAUUUAUAUAUGAAAAGGAUUAAGUUAGUAUAAGACUGCUGACGAUGCAGUCACUGUACAUAUACAAGUAUUAUAAUAGCUUUAUGUGAGGAAAGUUAUAGAAAGAGAGAAAAAACAUAGACAUGGUAGAACUUCCAAAAAA